CCUGACUGACUCAUUCAGGUGUUGAAGGAAAUACUUUUUGAAACUCAUUGGACUCAUUUAAGUGCUUUAAGAAUCGUAAUUAACGACCAACAUUCAAAAUGUCUGGAGGAUACGUAGCUGUAACUAAAGCUUCUCUUACAAACGAUUUUGACCCUGAUAAUGUUGAAAAUAUUCAAUUUUAUAGGCCAAGGAGAGGUGGAUUUUCACUCAAAAAUAUUUGUGAUUGUUUACGAAACCAGUCACUUUUAGUAAAGGGGUUGAUAGGCUUUGCUAUUGUAUUUGGUAUCAUUAUGACUAUUAUCAUAGUCAUGUCAGUAAAGAGGAGCAGCUCUCCAGAACAAACUUUAGAAAACCACUCCUAUCCAAACUAUCGUAACAAAAAAUAUGGAUUACAGUUCUAUCCACAGCCAGAAGAUGAGUCAAUUUUGAUAAAUUUUAGACCUAUGACAUAUGCCAGUUACAAACACUAUUACAAUAUGUUGAAUGGCAUAUUACAUGAUUACAACAUUUUAAAUCAACAGAACCCUGAAAAAUAUGUUGACUGUAGUGAUAAAAAUGCCCCAGGAGAUAAAGUGUGCAAGUUCCCAUCCACCAAGCUUGGAAAAUGUACAACAAAUCAUGAAUAUGGUUAUCAUGAAGGAAAUCCCUGUGUUCUUUUUAAACUCAUGCUUCCACCAAAUAUGAAACCCACAUCAGCACUAUCUGGUAAAAGUGAAUUAGGUGAAAGAUGGAGCUCUAACAGUAUUGGUAUUUCAUGUAAAGGCCAGACACCAGAGGAUGAUGAAAAUAUUGGUAAGAAAUAUUUAAAGAACAUUCCACCUAUUCAGUACUUUCCAAGUGCUGGAUUUCCUACCUUUUAUUAUCGUCACCUAAACAACGGAACUGAAUUCCUGGACCCAUUAGUUAUGGUUAAAUUUAAUACUGUAGCUGAUCAUCAUUUUGUUAAUAUUGAAUGUAAGGCUUGGCUUGAAGAUAUUGAUGGAUUAAAAUCAGAAGAUUUCAUUUCAAAAUUUGCUUUUUAUAUUCAUUGAGUUUUCACCCACUUUAAGACACCAUGUCAUGAUGAAAAAAAAUAGAAACAGUUGAUAUCGAAGCAUUUUCUUCUUAACAUUCCUCAUUAGAGAACUAUUCCUGCCAUUUUAAGGCAAAGAAAUAUGUCAUUUACUGGACAUUUAAGUGAACUAUGCUAGCUAUGGUAGUGUGUUACAUAUCUUUGAUUGGAAAAGUUUGGUGCUUUAGUUACAUGUCUUUUUUUUUCAAAGGUUCUUCUCUCUACCAUUUUAAAUUGAAAAAUAUUUCUUGCCAUUUCCUAUUGCAAACAUUAUAAGUAGUUAUACAUUGUAAAAUUACAUUUCACCAAACCUUCACUUUGCUUGCUUUAAGAUUCUGAAAACAAUUCACAAAGUUGUUCACAUUUUUGGAAAAUAUCUUGAAUGAUAGUAGGUUACAGUAAAGAAAGAUUUUUUUUAGAGAGAAAGAUAUUUGAU